AAAACCUCAGUCAAGAGGAUGUGCAAAUGUCAUUGUAUUUCAAUGAACAGCGGGCUCUGGUAUGUAACACCACAUAAAUAUGAAUAUCAAAAAAGUACCAGUGAAACAUUGUUUUUCUAUCUUGAAACCAUUAAGGAAGUGAAUCAGCUUCACAUACAGUACGUGUAUUACGGGGCAUGGCAAGCCUUUCCUCUCAGUGUUGAAGGCUAAUUUCGUUUUCUGGCAGGAUUUAGCCCUCACUUUGCAGCAGGGACUUGGUAGCGGAACAAGUUUCACUUUCAGGUUUAGAAUGAGGAAGAGGCAAGUCUACAGUAGUGCAGUGUCUCUGCCUGAAAGACAGAUGGAGGGAAGAAAGCUCUGUUCUGUGGACAUAACGUACAACAUGAGUGAAACUCAACAAGGGUGGUAGAAGCAUGAUGACAUGUGACAGGUUGUGAUACUGAAAGUAGCAAAUGUUCACACUGGAUGGAUCUCUGAAUAUGGAAGCAGGCAGUAAGAAAGCAUGUGUGCCCAGGAGCUUGUACUGAAACAACGGACAGAGAUACUGCAUGCUCUGUGCAGCAGUGGGUCAGCUGAACAUCUGGAAAGGGUUCUGGAUAUACUCCUGGCUCAUGGUGAGCUCUUGUGGGAGGACUACCAGAAUAUACAAGUCCUGGGUAGAGCACUGUAUACCAACGCCAGAUGGUUGCUUGAUCUGGUUUAUACAAAGGGUGUGGAUACCUGUGAGCACUUCUUAACCGCUCUCAAACAGGUACUGCCAGAAGAGCAGGGAGCUGCCCUCUCCUUCUCAGGAUGCUGUUUAAACCUAGAAAAGAGAGAAGAAUCUCAAAGCACAUCCACUCAGACUCUUCUGACUCAUAGGCCGAGCCUUGUGAGCAAGCUACAAGGCUGCAUUGACGGCGCUCUAGAGGCUCUGGUUGUGUCAGGACACUUCAAUUCAGGAGACUGCAAUGAAGUGCGACUUCCCAUACACACUCCCUCUCAGCAGGCAAGAUGUCUGCUUGACCAUGUCAGGUCAAAAGGCGAGUCAGCAGCAAAGGUGGUACUGCAUUACAUUGAGCAAAAACAGCAAUCUGGAUCCCAGAACCAGGAGAAACUAACUCCUCCGAAAGACUUCUUAAAGUAUCAGAAGAAGCUGAGCAGUUCUGUCUCAGCCCAGUCCUGCUUUCUCAGUACUUAUGGAGGGACCAGCCACAUGUCCUUGGAUGACAUCUACACUGAGGGCGAACUAGAACUAGCUCAUGACUGCGCAGACGUCCAUGGACCUUUGGGCCUGGAGGACAUAGUUGGUACAGUGGGUACAGUGAAUGAGGAGGCUGACACAGUGCUAGUAUCAGGGGAGGCAGGCAGCGGGAAGAGCACCCUACUCCAGAGGCUGCACUUGCUUUGGGCUCGGGGGGCAGCCCUCCAGGACUUCCUGCUUCUGUUCCCAUUCAGCUGUCGCAGGUUGAACUCAGAACAGAGGGAACUGUCUGUUCAAGAGUUGUUGUUUCAGCACUGCUGCUGGCCAGACAGGGAGCAGGAAGAGAUAUUUCAGUUCAUCCUGGACCACCCACAUCUCAUCCUCUUCACUUUUGAUGGCCUGGAUGAGCUCAAGCAGAGCUUUUCAGAUGAACACAGGCUCUGCUGCCCCACCCAGCGUGCACCUGUUCACAUACUGUUGUUCAACUUAAUCCAAGGAUCCCUUAUGAAGGGGGUGUGGAAAGUGGUAACUAGUCGUCCAGAGGCAGUGGGGCCUUUGUUGAAGAAACACCUUCGCAAAGAGGUCUCCCUGAAAGGUUUUUCCCCAAGUGGGAUUAACUGUUUUGUGAGGAAGCAUCACAGUGACCCCACUGUGGCUGCUAAGAUUUUGGAGUCCCUACAGACAAAUACAGCUUUACUUGGGCUGUGUCAUUGUCCAGUCCUGUGCUGGAUUGUCUCACAGUGCCAUAAGGAGCUGCUGGGCUGUGGAGAGGGUAGUCUACAAACAAUCACAGAUGUUUACGUGAUGAUCUUACAGCACUUUUUACAGCACCAAAGCCCCCUGAAGAGCAACAUGGGGCUUGGUUGGCUUCAGGAGCACCUAACAACAGUGUUGCGUCUGGGACAGCUUGCCUUUGAGGGAAUAGGAACCACCUGUUACGUAUUCUCAUGUACAGACCUGGAGACAUGCGGCGUAACAGAUAAGGAUAUCUGCAUGGGCUUUCUCAUUCAAAGCAAAGAUAUGUCCUCCACCCACAGUAAGCACUAUGAAUUCCUCCAUGUGACUAUGCAGUGUUUCUUUGCUGCUUUGUACCUUGUUUUGUCAAGUAACACUGACCGUUCGGCUAUCCCCAAACUGUUUGAGCCACAGGACAUAAGAGACACAGGUCUCACAAGCAGAUGCUUCGGGGCGUGCUUACCCUCUACUGACCAACAAAGGCAGGUUCUAGGGGGGGAAGCUACAGCAGCUGAAACACCAAAUCUGCAAAUCACAGCCACCUUUGUGUCUGGACUACUGUCCCAGCGCCAUCGAAGCCUGUGGCUCCACUGCUGCCCCAGUGCUCUGAUGGAAAAGAAGGUCAAACAGGUUUCGAGAUGCCUUUCCAAAGGCAUGCAGAAACACUUUAAGUCCAUCCCUCAACCUGUGGCAGGGGAGAAGAAGAGCAUGCAUGCAAUGCCAGACUUUGUCUGGCUUAUCAAAUGCAUUUAUGAAAUGCAGGAGAGCAGGAUUGCUAAAGAUGCUAUCAGUAAGCUAGAAGUGGACCACCUGAAACUGACGUACUGCAACAUUGGUCCUGUAGAGUGCACUGCACUAGCCUAUGUUCUGCAGUAUUUAAGGAACCCUGUAGGCCUCCAGCUGGACAACAACUCUGUAGGUGAUGUUGGAGUGGAGCAGCUUCUUCCCUGCAUGCACAUUUGUAACUCCCUGUACCUCAGAAAUAACAACAUAACAGAUGAGGGCAUCCGCAAACUGAUUGCUAAAGGCAUCCAGUGUGACAACUUCCAGAAAAUUGCGCUCUUCAACAACAAGCUAACUGAUGCUUGCACUCAGCACUUUUCUCAUCUUCUCAAGACCAAGCAGGAUUUCCUCUCUCUAAGGCUAGGUAACAACAAUAUAACAGCAGAAGGAGCAAAGCAGCUGGCAGAGGGACUGAGAUUCAAUCAUUCACUGCAGUUUUUGGGGCUUUGGGGCAACAAGAUAGGUGAUGCAGGAGCAGAGGCCCUGGCCAGUGCACUAGAGAACAGCAAAACUCUGGUGUGGCUGAGCCUGGUAGGUAAUGGGGUAGGUAGUGCAGGAGCAUCUGCCCUUGCCAACAUUAUCAAGAACAGCACAUCACUGGAAGAGAUCUGGCUGACACAGAACUGCAUAACCAGAACGGGAGUGGAAUGUCUGAUUCGAGCCCUUGAACACAAUACUCGUGUGAAAUCAAUAUGGUUGAGAAACAAUGACCUCAGUCUGGAGGAGGUAGAGGAGAUGACACAACGUGAAUCAAGACUGAUCUUCUGAUUUUGUACAAAGUUGACUGAGGACUGUGAAUUGCUUUAAGAACUGUUUCUAUUUAUUAUUUGAAAUAUUUAACUUUAAAUUGUGAAAAAUAAAACAUGUUAAGUGUA